AUGUCCUGCUCUCAUGACGCUCACGAUCACGAUCACGACCAUGGUCAUUCUCACGAUGUUCCUCUUGACGUAUCUCCCUUAGAUUCCUUAUACGGUCAGAUAGAUUUGCCCAAUGUGACUGCUCUGAACGCCGAGGGAGGUGGUGAAGAAGGACAGAAGGUGAUCAAGAGUUGGGAUAUGAAGGAUGAUGAUACUCUGUGGUGCGAGAGCGAAGUCGAUGACGAGUUGAUCAUCAAGAUCCCAUUCACCGCCUCCGUCUCUUUACGAUCGAUAACCUUGAGAGCUGGACCUUCAGGUAAAGUACCGAGCGAGAUGAAGCUGUUCCGUGAUAAUCCCUCACUAGACUUCUCAGAUGCCUCUCAAUCGUCACCCACUCAAUCUUUUGACGUGGUUGAUGUCAAAGAAGGAGUGGAGUAUCAAGUCAAAGCAGCAAAAUUCAAUGGUCUUACGUCUCUGACGAUUUAUUUCCCAGGAAACAACUCGGAUGGCGAAGAGGAGACUACUAGGAUUUAUUAUAUAGGUAUGAGGGGGACGCAUCAACCUCUUCCAAAUAGACCUGGGGUGAUAGUCUACGAAUCGUCAGCCAGACCGGCAGAUCACAAGACGGAAGGUAUAAAUGAAGGUCAGACGUUCAGACCCGGUUUCUAA